AGGAUGGGAUUUGUCAAAGCCAGUUUACAGACCACAGGAUCUGUUAAUAUUGAUAAUACCGAAACUAAAACCAGUUAUGUGGCUUCAAGUUCACGUUGAGAUCCUUUAACUGACCUUAAUUGAUUUGGAAUGAAUCAGGCAGAGUUUUUAAUCCUGACACUCAAAUGUACGAAUAUGAUUGUAUAUUUUUAUAGUAUUCUGGUCUCUAAUUGUAUUUAGAACUGAGCCCUUAUUACAGUUUCAGGAAAAUGAGAUGGCCGUAGGAUCUUCCCAGGCUUUGCCUUUGAACCGGCCAAUGGCUUUUUUAUUUUUAAGCCAUUUGCUUUUGACUAGUUUUAGAUUGUGAUGCUGAAUAUAACCUUUUGCAUAUUUUAAUCUUUUCACUGAACUUUUAAACAUCUUUUCACAGCUAUAUUAGGAAAGUUGGGUUGACCAUUCAGCUCAUGGGUGUGACCUUGGUGAUUUCCUUGAAAUAGUGUUGAAGGAUUUAAAGUUACAGGUUUGGAUUGUCGCUGUGGCGUAACUAUGUACAGUUCUCCUCACUUGUCGGAUUAAGGAAAAAACUCCUAUGUGUAACGUACAGAAGGAACCUUUAUAGAAAAACUGUUAAGUUUCCUGACCAGAUCUUGGAGAUAAUUUCGCCCUUUACAGGAUACAAAUGAAACAGGCCAGAGACUAGCAGUUUGUUUGGGUGAAAUACUUUAAAGAUCAUAUAUUUGGACACUUCAGUGACUCGGAGGGAAAAAGUAGAAUUGCAGGAAUACUGCAUAUUACUUAGUUAUAAACAGAAUUGUGUGUCUUUGACAGUUUUUGAGGACUUUGAAUUCCUCUUGCUCCAUCAUAGGGUAAUAAAUAUUCCAUAUCAAAAAAUGUAAGAUAACCUGUUUAGCUAAAGUGGAGGCAUGCUGUCUGUAAAGGUUAACAGUGUGAGUAUGUUUGUACAUGAAGGACUCUUCCCAAGUCACAGCCAAUUGUCAGCAAGGUGGCAUUUCCUUCUAAUUUGCUGUGCUUAAGCACAAAUCAUUGUAUUUUUUUCAUUAAGCAUUGUAUAAUGUGUAAUAUUUGCUAAUUUCAAAAUCUGUAGAUAGUGGCAGAAUCUCCCGAGCUUUACUCCCCAUGGAGCAUCUGCUUUAAAACAAAACAAACAAACAAAAAACAGAAAUGGCCUAAAGAGCAUUAGACUUCUAUUUUAGGCACUUCUAAGCAAUAUGGUUCCUACUGUUUUUCAAAGAUUAUGUUGUUGUAAAUUUUUUCUUAAAGUACCUAAUCACAGUAUAAAGUAAUCACCAGGACUCUUGCGGAAUACCUUAUGCCGGAUAACCUCUUGCCUCGGGUGCCUUGGGGGUGUAUAGCUGAAGGUUAAGUGUAUCGUCUCCCUGAGUAAAGGUUUAAGAACGUUUUUUUAAACACUGACAAACAGUUUUGCAAACUGCCUUUCAGGAAGCCUAGUAUGUUCUGAACGCUCAACUUCUCUGCAAACUAAAAGCAUUUAGAUUCUAGGGGUCGGAUUAAGAUCCUCCCCCUCCUUCCUCCUCCAGUUCUUUGUGAAGACAGACAACUUCCUGGGCCGGCAGUGCCUUGGUGUGCCUGCCGUGGCUUCUGUGUGGCUUCUGUGUUGCUCCACCUGGAGAACGAGGCUCUAGGAAGGCUGUGUGUGGGUGUGCACUUCACUCGACUGGAAUGGUUGUUAUUAACAGUAAUUAGAUUAGAAUGUGUAUUUUUUGGUAAGUUUUGUUAUUAUUCAAGUAUUAUUGCAGUCACUGUUAAAGAUUGGGGGUUUUGUUUAGCAGAUUGGUUUUAAGUGAUACAGGUAAUUGGUUUAUAGUUUAAGGAAGUGUUUAGUCUGCACACGGUUUCUUAAGAGUCCGAGGCAUUUGUUGUCAGAUUUUCCUAGCUUGUCCUGCACGUCUGUUUUGGUGGGUCAGUAAGGAGCGUAGUUUUAAAUCUAAAUGAUAAGGUUUUGCCUAUGCUGGUCAACUUCAUGGUAGGAUUAAUUAGGAUUCUUGUUUUUUUAUUAUUACACCCUUGAAACUGCAGAGAAUGGUAAAUUAGAUGGCAGCCAUGGAGAGCCGUGUUGAAAGAAGUUCUCAUGAACCUUCGGGUUAAUUUUAAUAUCAGAUCAGUUCAGACUGGUGACUGUGGCCAGAGAUGUGCAUUACUGAUUGUAUACCUGUACUGAUGAUGUUAGUGUUUGUUAAUUUAUUCACCAGGGGUUUAUUGAGGGCCCAGCCCCAUGCCAGGGACCCCUUCUAGGCAUGGGGACAUCAUGGUGAACAAGGUCGACAGGGUCUCUGCUCCUGGGAUCUUCAAACAGGUGGCCCAGGGUUUGCAGAUUUUGGCUGAGUAGUAAGGAUUGCCAUGACUCACCGGGAUUCUAGUGCUUAGGACAGUUGGGCACAGUCGGUGGCCAUCACAGUCUGUGCCAGAAGCUUCCCUUGAGGAGGAAGUGCUUCAGGUUUUGCCUGGGAGGUUCUCCUUCCCCAUCUGACCCUCGUAGGAGACUCCUGGAGCUGGGGGGCCUAGGACGUCCUUCCCCUCAUCAGGCCUCUGUUCCGCUCCUACUUUUUUUUUUUUUUUCUUUUUGCACUGUGCCUCCUUUACUAAUCCUCUAGGUCUUGUGUUAGAAGCUGAUGAUGACUUCUUUAACCCAGAUAUUUGAACAUUUCAGAGAUAAAAAUUGAAACUAAACUGAGGCAUUUCCUUCUGGUCACGUCAUUACCCUGGAUUGGAAAUAAUAGGGAUGUUAUGUACCCACACCGUGUUUCUAAUUCAGAGGUUGAGUUUAGGAGUGGUGUCUUUUGGGGAAAGAUUAUUUGUAGGAAACUGGAGUUCCCCCAAACUUAAAAUAUCAGAGAGUAGUAAAAUUUCUGACAUACGUACACACACACACACACACACACACACACACACACACACACAGGUCCAACAUAGAGGACUAACUUUGAUUUUGGCAAAUUAGGACAUUAAAAAAAGUACUGAUUGCUAUUGCCACUCUUUCAUUUUAAAAAAGCCAGUUUGCAACCCCCAAACAGAAAGGACCUCAAAUAGAGGACAGCCUCUAUUCAAAUUGAAAUUAAUCUGUGUCGUUUUGUGUAGGACUCACUGAGUUGUUUCUCUGUUUUUCAUCUAGAUGUUGCCAGUGAAGACAGUGUUGUCAGUUUGAUAACUGCUUGUCUAGAGUAUGUACUGUUAUUUCUUCAGUUAAAAUAUUACCUGGUACACCGGCACUCAGUAAAUACAGACUGCAUAGAACCCUAAAUUAUCAGUUACGUUUUUCAAAUAUCACUUAAUAUCUUGAUUGGGAAAGCAUCAAAUAUUCUUUGGUGUCUGUCUAUCCAUACGUGUAGCUCUGCCCCUGGAACCCUAGACAUUGGGAACUCUUAAGGGUGAUCCUGUAAUUUAACCGCCUGCAGUAGGUAGAUGAAGGUGAGGUAGGUAGGUGGUGGUGACAACUUUAAGGUUGUGACUUAGCCAGAACUAGAACUCGGGCCUUUGGAGUGUUCUGUUAAAGCCCACCAAGCUGGUAGCCAGCCCAAGAGUUUUAUCCUCCAUUGUGAUCACAACAAAGGACUCAGAAAUUAAGAUAAAACACUUCAGUACCUUCUUUCUUUUCCCUAAUCUUUGAUCUGCAGCCUUAUUUAGAAAAGCUUAAUGUUAAAGAUCUAGUGUAUUCAAAACUAAAGAUAGCAAAGAGCAUGAGAAUUUUCUUCUAUUAUGAGUAUAAAGUAGGGGAAGAAAUGUUUCCUUGUCUUCUCUGAGCCUAGAGGCCCUUGCUCUUUGAGGAAGUGGAGAGAAGGAAAGUCAAGGCAAGGUGGUGGGAGUAGUUUGCAAGUCUUUUUGUUCUGUUGGGUGGAAUUAACAGACUUCAGGUUAAGUAGCUGAGUCUAUUUAGAAACAAUUCUGUGCUUGCCAGAAAGGUGGAGGGGAGGGUGUUGGGUUUGAAGGUUAAUUCUUCUCCAAGAAUGAAAAUUGGCUUCUAAAUCUGAGCCUGCAGAGCCACAUAAAGUAAUCAUCCAUUUUUCACCUGGCCAGUGCAUAAUGGGAAGGGUGGGUUAAAAAAGUGGGAGGACCCGUUUUCUGAUGAAAGACUGAGCCAUGUUGACCCUGCCAUGUGGAGGAUUUUCAAGUGUACCCUCACCGAGUAGCCUGGUUCGUGUGUUUCCUUAUUUGUUGUGUGCACAAGGGAGCCCUACCCUGACUUUUGUUGAAGGCAGUUUCUGCCUUCUGAAAAAGCAGCUGGGAUUUGGGCAGUGGGUUGAGGGCUAGAAUAUCCUGUGAACCAAAAUGAUUCAGGUUCCCCUUGGCCACGAUGAGCCUCAUUCUGAGGUGUUCUGUAGUUUUUGAAUGUGGAUUUUAGGAAAGGUUUCUGUUCUCGUGUGUGUUGUUGGCCUGUGCGUGUGUGAUCUUCAAGGGUGCUGUUCGGCAUUUGUGUCUUGACUGUAUAGAAGACAGUUUGAAGUUCGGGCUUUAAACGUUUUAUUUAGAGAGGGCCUUACUUGGCACUCUUCACAGUUGGUAUCAUCUCUAGAUUUGCAGGGGCUCUUGGUAAGGACAAACAUUGCAUUGCAGUGGCAUUUAAACUGCAUUCAGCUGAAUUUAACCGUUUCUGUCCUGAAUCUUCAAGUUUAGACUUCAAUCAUUAGAGCACCACGUUUUCAGUUUCUUCCCUGGAUGAAAAUCCAGCGAUUUGGUUUUGGAAAUCCCUGGUCUCCAGGUUGCUGGGAUUGACUUCUUGCUCAAUUGAAUCCCUCACUCAAUGGAGACAAAGAGAAUGAACGCUCCGUGCUGACUCAUAUUUGAAUCAAAGCGCUGGGGAGUCUGUCUGCCUUGUUUGUGCAAAGAACCAGUGGUUGGCUCUGCCACCGAGCUUCCUAAGACUUCUGAAGAUAAGAAGCUACAGGAAUAUAUACUUUGCUUUUGAACUUUUGUAACAAAUACUCGUUCUCGUUUUAAGUCCAGGGCUGCUGGGGGCGUGAGUGACAAGUCUUACAAGUGGCCUUAUUCCAGUUCCAGAAAUCCCUCCACCGGAUUCUUACUUUGUAUACAAUCCUAAAGUGCCAGGAAACAUGCCAACUCAGUCCCUGCUGGUGUAUAUGGAUGGACCAGAAGUUAUUGGCAAUUCUCUUGGUACCCAGAUGGAGAUAGAUGAUGCCGUGUCCAUAAAAGGGACCACCACCGUUCCUUUCCGAGCUACGCAAGAGAAAAAUAUAAUCCAGAUCGAAGGAUAUAUGCCCUUGGACUGCAUGUUCUGCAAUCAGACCUUCACGCAUUCAGAAGACCUUAACAAACAUGUCCUGAUGCAACAUCGGCCUAUCCUUUGCGAGCCGGCCGUUUUGCGUGUGGAAGCGGAGUACCUGAGUCCUCUGGACAAGACUCAGGUGAGAACGGAGCCUCCAAAGGACAAGAACUGCAAAGAAAACGAAGAGUUCAGCUGCGAAGUGUGCGGGCAGACGUUCAGAGUCGCUUUCGACGUCGAGAUCCACAUGAAGAAGCAUAAGGACUCCUUCACUUACGGCUGUCAUGUGUGCGGACGGAGGUUCAAGGAGCCCUGGUUCCUUAAGAACCACAUGCGGACACACACCGGCAAAGCGGGGGCCAAGAGCAAACUGCAGCCGGGCGCCGAGAGCCCCGCCACCAUCAACGAGGUGGUUCAGGAGCACGUGGCGGAGAGCAUCUCCUCUCCUUACAAAAUCUGCAUGGUUUGUGGCUUCCUGUUUCCAAAUAAGGAAAGUCUGAUCGAUCACAGGAAGAUGCACACCAAAGACACUGCUUCCGGCAGCGGAGGCACACAGACAGACUCUCCGCAGGGGGGGAUGCCAGCUCCGGGGGAAGAGUUCCUGCAGUUCUUGAACUUGCGGCCCAAAUCGCACCCCGAGACCGGGAAGAAGCCCACCAAAUGGAUACCUCAGCUCGAUCCGUUCACCACCUAUCAGGCCUGGCAGCUGGCCACCAAAGGAAAAGUCGCCGUCUGCCGAGAAGUGAAGGAGCAGCCAGGGCAGGAGGGCAGCACCGACAACGAUGAUUCGUGUUCCGAAAAAGAAGAGCUGGGAGAAAUUUGGAACGCCGGAAAAAGCCAUCCCGAAGGUUCUGGAAAGCCCAAGCCCAGCAAAAGCGGCUGCGCGGGCCUCUCCCAGGACAAGGAGAAGCCCAGACCCUCCGGCGGUGAAGUGCCUUCCGUGGAAGCCGACCCAAAGCUGUCCGGGAACAAAGAGAAGCCGACGCACUGCUCUGAGUGUGGCAAAGCCUUCCGGACCUACCACCAGCUGGUCUUGCACUCGAGGGUCCACAAGAAGGAUCGGAGGGCCGACGCCGAAUCGCCAACCAUGUCCGUGGACGGAAGGCAGCCUAGGACGUGUUCUCCGGACCUAACCACCGCCCUGGACGAGAAUGGAGCCGUCGAUCGAGAAGGCGGUUCUGAAGAUGGGUCUGAGGACGGACUUCCGGAAGGGCUCCAUUUGGAUAAAAAUGAUGAUGGAGGAAAAAUAAAGCAUCUUACGUCCUCAAGAGAAUGUAGUUACUGUGGGAAGUUUUUCCGUUCAAAUUAUUACCUCAAUAUUCAUCUCAGAACGCACACAGGUAAGGAGCUUCCUAGAUCUUUAAUUCUUACUGGCUUAAACAAUUAUGAUGCGGUUCUUUGUGUUUCUUUUUUUAAUAUUGUUGUUCAACUAUGCUUCCGCCGGGCCUUCGAGCUGCCCAAGUACCACGUGGUGCGCGGCCUGCAGUCGCUGCUGCCCGCCGAGUGCGUGUGCCCGCCGCCCGCCGCGCUGCCGCCCAAGCCGCGCGCCGCACCCGCGCCGCUCUUCGCCUGCGGGCCCGCCGCCGAAGGAAAAAGGCCUGUGUCAUAUCAACACUUAUCUAGCAGCAUGCUACAGAAGAGAAACUAUGAGAAUUUUAUUGGGAAUGCACAUUAUCGACCAAAUGAUAAAAAAACUUGAUUUCCUGUUUCAGGUAAGAAAGGACCCGAUGGAUGUGUGUUCUGUCCAUGAAAUUGAGUGAGUCCAUCCUUUGAGAAGGCAGAUGGCGGAAGCUCGUGAAAUAAGCUGUGACCGUGCCGUGCAUGUAACAUACCAGGAACACUACGGUUUUGUAAAGUUGUUCUGUUAACUUUUGUACCAAAUAGCAAUAAAAACCAUAGUUGGAACAGUUGGGUUGUACACAAAUGGAGACUGCAAAUCUCUAUUUUGCCCCGAAUAAUAUUUUUUUUAGAGUUGACCAAAUAAGGAGUCUUUUGCAUACUUGAGCGCUGCUGAACACAAACCAUCCAGGUGGGGGGGCGGGGGGGGGAGAGUCUAUAACGAACGCUUGCACCUCAGGUAACUCUGUACAUAUGUAAGUUCGAAACCUGCUUGUUCAGAUACUGUGCGUCCCCUUUCUCUCUCCUGUAGCUCAUCCCCAUGAGCAGCUCCUGCUGUUUGUGUUCUUUCAUGGAAAAUGUAUGUUUAAAAAAAAAAAAAUUCCCGAUGAUUUGUAUUAUGUUAAAUCCUCCUCAGUGCGUCGUCUUAACAAAAUUGUGAACGGAAGUAUUGACCCUCUGUGACUAUGUGCUGCAUAUACUGAGGUCAGCCAUUCUGAAUUCGGUGCCCUUUCAUUGCAAGUGUCAGUCUGUCAACUGAGGAAGAGUCCCGAUCUGCGACCCUUUUCUGAGAGCAGCCUGUGCCCCGUAGGGUUUUUAAGCGGACGUGUCUACAGAGAAGUGCGUCUGUCCUCUUCAGGACAGCCCCAUAUCCAGUAAACAUACCAAAUUCUAUGUGGAGUUACUUACUUUCUAUCAAGUUCGUCACUUUUGUUGGAAAAUUCAGGGUUUUUUUGGCUUUCGCUUAAAUUGGUAUGUAAAAAACCUGAAAUGCUAAAUUACACACGUGAAUUUCAUAUAUUGGGAGCGGUUUUAAAGGACGUGAAAGCGUUUGGGUAAAUUUUAGGUUUGUAUCUGGAAGUCCUGGUGUGCCUGGCCUUCGGGUUAACCGUGGACGUACACGAGUUAAUUGUAGACACGUUGAUUCUGAAUAAGGAACUGCCUGCCGAGCCUUCUGGUAAUGGGGAGGGUGCGAUCUGGUUCUUGACCUCAGUUGUCUUCCCAGUUUUGGUUGUGUUGAGCAACCAGAUGUAGUUUGGGUUUUAAAGCGAGGAUGGCCACCAGCUGGCUUACUACCAGAUGUUUUAGACUUUUGUUCCCUUCCACAUGCUGUCCGUGGCUGAGUUUAUUCAGCAGUACGUGGGUUUAGCAACCACGAGAUAUUUUAUUAAGAAAACUGUUUCAAAAAUAAAUUUGCACUGUUACGUUUUCUUGCCCUGCCUUUCUGCGUUAGAGCGAGAGUAAAGUCCUACAAGAAUCCUGAUUUUUUUUUUGUUUUGUUUUCAUUAUGCAACACGAAGCGUACUUGACCGAGAAGUCUUAACUCCCGUGGGAAAGGGAGACCUGAUUGGUCUGUUGGCCUUGUAGUGAAGUGCUUUGUAUCAGGAGAGACUAGUACACUAUCCACCAUUUUUCCUGUUCACAAGCUGAGCCAUAUGUACAUAAUCUAGAUUUUUGUUUUCAUAGUUUUGCACUUUUAUAGCCUAUUUUUGAAGAUUUAACACAUUUGCAAGAUGAUUGACUUGAUCUUUGCCUAAUCCAAUGAGUGUUACAGAAAGCUCGCUGUGACUAUAAAAUGUAAAUCUUUAAAAGGGGAUACGAGAUAAUAGAGGGCUGAAAUUUAAACCUGUAUUUAAAAAAAAAAAAAAUCACCAAAUCUAUUUGAAAACAAGUCAAUUCAUGUCAUGCUGAAAUUUGGGUGGCUUUCAGAUUUCUCUUUUCUAACCACAUUUCUCAAUUUCUGAAUACAUAAAAAUGUCCUUUUUUCCACAGCCCUUGUCCUCCAAUUUUUUUUUUUUUUUUUUUUUUUUUCAUUUGAAACAACAGUACAUAUAAUAGAGGUACAAUCCGUUGGAUUUUUGUUUAUGUAUUUAUUUCAUUCCAGUUUGAUUUAUUUUAAUUGUCGAUACUUGUCAAACAGUAGACAUUACUUGUUUUAUUUAUGAUAUAUUUCAGCUUAAAGUUAUGUUAUUAUAUGUGGAUGUAAAUAUAGAUUUGGUGUUUUGCA